AUGCGUUACUCCCUCGCUCUGAGCGCCCUCUGCGCCGCUGGUGCCUUGGCCCACAAUGUUGACAAGCGUGCCUACGUGACUGACUGGACGGUCGUGACCCUGACCACCACUAUCACCGAAUACCCUGCUGCCGCCGCUACCACCGCCGCUGCUGCUACCACCACCGCGGCCACGAGCGCUGAGCCUGCAGUCCAGGUAGCUGAUGUCGCUGACGUCGCUGCUGAGGCCUCCACUGUCGCUGACGUCGCUGCGGUUGAGACCAGCUCUACUGUGGCUGUCCCUGUUGUUGAAUCGACCUCGACUUCGACGAGCACAACCGAGGCUGCCCCUACCGUUGCUGCCACCACCGAGGCUGCUACCACUGCGGCCCCAACCACCGAAGUUGUUGCCACCACCCCUGUUGUGCAGGAAGCUGCUGCCAACGGCGCCUGGACCACCGCUUGGACCUCUUACUGGACUUCGUCCUGGACCUCUGCCGCGGAACCCACCACUCUUGCAACCUCAACCUCCACCUCCACCACUGAGAGCGCCAGCAGCACCGCGACCGCCAGCACUGCUUACCAGUCCGCUGUUCUGUACAACCACAACAUCCACCGCAGCAACCACUCCGCAAGCUCCUUGGAUUGGGACUCUUCCCUGGAGUCUAGCGCUUACACCCUUGCUGCUAAGUGUGUCUACGAGCACGAUACUACCAUUGAUGGUGGUGGCUAUGGUCAGAACAUCGGUUACGGUGUCGAGUCUAGCGCUAUCGGCGAGAUGAUCACCAACUUGAUGUACAACGACGAGAUGGGCUACUAUGCCGAUCUGUACGGAGAGGCUGACCCCGACAUGACCUACUUCGACAACUGGGGCCACUUCUCUCAGAUCGUCUGGAAGGGUACCACGAAGGUCGGUUGCGCCACUGUUACCUGCGCCAGCCUGGGUAACGUUGAUGCUGCCGAGGCAUUGCCGUUCACCGUGUGCAACUACAGCCCUGCCGGUAACUACGCCGGUGAGUACGGCACCAACGUUGGCGAGCCCCUGGGCAACGCCAUGUAUGUUGCUUCUUAA